AUGCUACCCCAUCCUCGAACAGAGUUACUCAUCUGCUUUUUUGUCUGUUUACGCCUUGGCUUUGUCAUCGCCUCUCCAACAAUAAGCCUAUAUGCUACUUUUGCAACGGACAAUAUUGGUAUGAAAAUUGGCCUGAAGGCAACACUUUGCUCGUUCUACACCCGUCGCCUGGCGCACGAGUGCGCGAACAUCGACUCGCUCAGUUGGGAGGCUGCAUUGCUGACGGAGACCCGAUGUGGGGAUGUCGUGUGUGAUGCAGCGUUGAGUCGGCCAGACAACGCGAUCCCUGAGCGACGCAUGUUCUAUCGGCCGGCCAAGCUGCUGGGCAAGGCAGCCAGCCAGCUCAUCCGGUACUGGCAAGCUUCGCCGUACAAGCCUUUCUCCCCUAGGCUCCUCCGUGUUACCCUAUCGCAUGCCUUCCCACCCGUCUCCGAUCGCAUCGACCCGCCUCCACAUUUCACAUGUAUGAAAGCUGGGCUGGCUGAUCUGUACCUCUGUCUGCCCGUCCGCUCGCCCGGCCAUCCGCCUCACUCACUUCCUCUACAUCAGCCCACCUGA